CUGGAGUGUACACAUACACGGACUCAAUCUGACAUCUCUGACUGAGGAAACGUUAUAAACGAAAAGUUCGUUGAGGUUGCCAUGGCACCGACAAAGUUUGAUCAGAAGCCAGAGCCCGGAGAUCUGAUUGAAAUCUUCAGAGGUGGAUAUCAGCACUGGGCUAUAUAUGUGGGUGAAGGUUAUGGGAUUCACCUGGCUCCACCCUCUGAACAUGCUCAAGCUGGAGCCUACAGUAUGAUGUCAGUGCUGUAUGACAAAGCCAUAGUGAAGAAAGAAGAGCUUUAUGAAAUCGUUGGCAAUGAUAAAUAUCAGAUCAACAACCUCCUGGAUGACAAAUAUGAGCCACGAGAUAUUUGUGAUAUUCUGCGGGACGCGCACAGCCUUUUGGGGCGAGAACUUCCAUAUUGCGUGUUUAGUGGGAACUGUGAGCACUUUGUUACGGAGCUGAGAUACGGAAAGGCUCACUCUCGACAGGUGCGAAACGCAGUGGAGGUCGGUGUUGGAAUUGGUGUUGCUGCAGCCAUCGGUGUCGGGCUUCUUGCAGCUGCAGCUGCCAUUUUUGGUCCAAAAAACAAAGAUAAGCAAACACACUGAGGACUGGCAAAUGCAGAAGUGAAAAGCACAACUGAGGAGGCCUUUCGUUUUUAAAGUGAAAAUAAAACAUUGCACUUAGUAGAAGAAAAAAUGUAAAUAACAGAACAUGAGAUCGCCAGCAACCAAAAUCCCAUCAGUUCUGUCUGAUAACAAAAGUGUACUUUGAUAUAUUGCUAAACUUCUAAUGCCUGAGGCAGUUUUAAAUCGUUUUGAUAUCACACAUUUCCCUUUCUACUGGUUUAAAAGCACUUUAUGCUAAGUUGAAUAUAUAUAAAAAUAUAAUAUAAGUGAUUGCACCUUUAUUGCAGUGAUUAAUACGCGUUGCUCAAAUCCUUCAUAGUCUCUUAUGUCUUCAACUGUGUAAAAAGAUGUUCCCAUGGCCAUAUUCCAGAAAGACAGUGCCAAAUAUUAUUGUGAAAGGAGGCUUCAUUUGCCAUGAAUUGAACACAAUUGGCCUGAAGCCUAUUGAGCGUCUGGAGUAACUUUGGUGUUUCUCCUCAGGCUCAGAGAAUGGGUCUGAUCCAAUUAUCCAUACUAAUGUAAAUUUAAAAAAAGAAGCCCAAAGACGGAAAUUAAUAAGUGAAACUGCAUGAGGUUGGGGAAACAAUGCAAUGAUAAAUCCAUCCUCACUGUCUGACCCCGAGGCCUGACAUUGUUUUAUUUUGAUGUGAUUUCUCUUUCUGCUGGUUUCCUAAUGAUAUUUCAAGCACUUUAAUAACUGUAGAAUAACUAUAGGAUGAACGGUUGGUUUGACCAAAUUAAUCUUCAAGUAAACUGCCAUGUUUCUAUUUUUGAGCCAUUAAAUCUUUGACAUUGUA